AUGAAAAUAGAAGAAAAUUUCAGUUAUAUAACAUUUGUACCAUUAUAUGGUAUAUCACAUUUAUAUAUAACAAGUAUAAUAUUAAGUAUUAUAAUAAUUUGUACAAUUAUUGGAAAUAUGUUUGUUGUCAUUGCAAUAUUAAUUGAUAGACAAUUACAACGGGUUUCUAACUAUCUAAUAUUGAGUUUAGCUGUGGCUGAUUUAAUGGUUGCAAUAUUAGUUAUGCCAAUUAGUGCCUUAAAUGAAGUUUCAAAGAAAUGGUGGCUUGGUAUACCAUUAUGUGAUAUAUGGAUAAUAAUGGAUGUAUUAUGUUGUACUGCAUCUAUUUUACAUUUAGUUGCUAUAGCAAUUGAUCGUUAUUUAGCAAUAACCCGUAUUAAUUAUAUAAGAGAACAAAAACAGAAACCAAUUUAUAUCAUGCUUAUGAUAAUAUGGUUAUUAUCAUUAAUGAUUUCAUUACCAACACGAUUUCAUCUAACAAGAAAUGAUCAUUUUCUAUAUAAUGAAUGUAAUAUUAAUAAAGAUUAUCUAUUUACAAUAUUCUCCACAGUGAUUGCAUUCUAUUUACCAAUGAUCUUUUUAAUUGGUAUCUAUGUGAAAAUUUAUCAAGUUGCUAAGAAACGUAUUAGGAAAAGAUCAUUACGUGGUUUAUCUUCAAUCACAAGAGAAUCAUCGAUUGAUUUAUAUAAUAAAAAAACUAUUGAACAUAAUGAUCAUGAUCAAGAUCUAGAUCAAGAUCAUAGAACUAAUUAUAAACAUUUCUUUAAAAGAUGUUCAUUAUGUAUAAACAAUCUUUUAUUUAAUUGUCCAUUUAAAACAAUCAUAGAAACGAAUCCAUUACCUAGAAGUAAUGAAUAUUUAGAUAUGAUAUCAACUAGUUUAGAGAAAGAAACAUCAUCACCAUAUUUUAGUUCAGAUACAAUUGAAUAUUGUGAAAAAUAUGAUAAUAUGAGUAUUUAUUCACAUGAUAUAAAUCAACAGAAUAUAAUUAGAUCUUCAAUUGAAUGUAUACAUAAUGAAGAACUGAAUAAGAAUAAUGUAUGUGAUCCUUAUUUUGAUCCAGAUCAUAUUAUCGAUCAUAAUGAUUACUUAAAACAAAUAGUAGUAUCUAAUAGUAGUAUAUCUUAUUCAAUGAAUAAUAAUAAUAAUAAUGAUUAUUGUCUUACUCAUAAUCUAUCCCCAUCUGAUAUAAUCAACACUGAUGAUGAUGAUGAUGAUGUUAUUGAAAUCAAACAGAUAGAUGAUAAAGAAAUAAUAAACAAAUCAAUUAUUGAGAUGAAUGAUCAUUUGAAUAAAAUCAAUAAUCAAACUAAAUUCAUACAAUCCAAUCAAAAUUCAAAGAGAAUACAAUCACAAUUACAAUCUAUUACAAGUCCUAUUCUAUUAUUUGAUUUCGAUGAUAAAAUCACCAAUCAUUUGAUAGAUUCACAUCAACCAUUAUGUAAUUUUAUUGAUCCAUCUAUUGAUCCAAUCAAAUUACAUCAUAAAGAUGAUCAUUCUAAACGUGGUAGCAUAGAAACAAAAUUAUAUCCAAUAUCACCGUAUUUAUCAUCCACUGAUAGUUUAAUGAGUAUCUAUUCCUAUAAUAUUAUACCUUAUAAACAAUCAUUAGAUCAAAUAAAACCACCAUUUUGUUAUGAUCAUUAUGAAACUAUAAAUGAUCAUGUUACAAUAAUGGAUCCUAAUCAAAUUGAUCCUAUUCAUAUACAAACUUCUACUCCUAUUCAUAUUAUUAUUAUUACUACUACUACUACGACGACGACGACUACGACUACUAAUACUACUACUACUACUACGACGACGACUAGUACUACUACUAAUACUACUAAUAAUAGUCAUAGUACUAGUAAUACUACUAAUAAUAGUAUAUUAUAUUCAUCUAAAUUGAUCAAUAUGAAUAAUAUUGAAUUAUAUCGUGAACGUAUAGAAUGUCAUCGUGAAAGUAAAGCCGCUAGAACAUUAUCGAUUAUAACUGGUUGUUUUUUAUUAUGUUGGUUACCAUUUUUUUUACAUACACUUCUAAUACCAUUUUGUUUACCACAAUGUAAUUUAAAUCAUUUUAUAAGUAGUAUAUUUUUAUGGUUAGGUUAUUUAAAUUCAUUAUUAAAUCCAAUUAUAUAUACAAUAUUUGCACCGGAUUUUAGAAAUGCUUUUAAAAAAAUUCUUUAUAGUAUAUUGAAUACAUUGAAUGUAAAACAAUGA